UGUCUCACAUGAGAUUUUCACUUUUUUUUCCUCAUCCGUCUUAAGAUGGGGUUUCUGUUUUGGCCUGAAACCUCCCCCACCUCUUCCCAGGCAUGUCCUGGGUCCUCCUCCUGGUUGGACAUUUCCCAAGUGUUACACCAGUGAGACAGUCUCACCGGGUUACUCUCUUGGUCACCACUGAAAAAACAUGGUACUCAUGACUGUGGACGCUCUACAACUCCAUCAUUCCCUCACUUGUGGACAAGAAGAUAUUUGAUCUUUUGCACCCGCAGAUUGGUCUCUCGGAAACCUUGACAAGACAUUCCACCUUGGAGUGAGACCUACGGUCUCAGAUGAGAUGAUUCCAGUGAACAAGACAAAGAUGAACUCUGAAUAGGGAGCAACUUUCCUGGAAGGAGAGAGGCCUUUUGUUGGAGACCUCUCUCACAUGACGGCUGUAACCCAUCAGUUCUGCUUCUUCAUGUGACAGAAUAAAAGAAGCCUGCUCGCCGAUUUAGCAGACAAACACUCCUGCUCCUGCUCCUGCUCAGACCAUCAUGUCGGACAAUCUCUCCACAGUCAGCAAGACUUUGGGUCGAUGCAUCUGUGUCAUCACCGGAGCGUCCAAAGGAUUCGGACAAGCGCUGGCCUAUGAAGUGUCACGUCAUCUCCUGCCUGGUUCUGUCCUACUGCUGGUGGCUCGCUCUCAGACUUUGCUGCAGGAGGUGAGGGAAGAGAUCCAGAGCGGUGCCGAUGAUCCGGUGGUUCACUGCAUAGCAGCUGAUCUGAGCACCAGGGAGGGUGUAGAUCAAACCGUGACACUGGCGAAGAAUGAGAGUUCUCGUGAGGUGGAUCAUGUGCUCCUGGUCAACAAUGCAGCUUCGGUGGGCCACAUUUCCAGAAUUGCCACUUUAUCAGACAUGGACCAGCUGAACUCCUAUUUCGCCCUCAACGCCAGUUCUCCGUUGGCACUGACCGCAGGACUCCUGCAGGCUUUUCCUCCCAGAGCUGGACUGAGGUGGACCCUGGUGAACUGCUCGUCCGUAUUUGCGCUACAGGGGCUUCCGUCUUUCGGACUUUACUGUACGGGCAAAGCGGCCAGGGAGAUGAUGUUCAAGGUCUUGUCCAAGGAGCAGGCUGACGUGAAGGUCCUCAACUACUCUCCAGGACCGAUGGACACGGACAUGCAAACGGAGAUUCGUACUGCCACAGGUUUGCAGCAUGAGCUGCUUCCAUGUCAGGAUUCUGCAGCCAAGCUGCUGAAGCUUCUUCUGGACAAUGAGUUUUCUUCAGGAGUGUUACUUGACUUCUUUGAUAUAGAAAACAAAUGA